GGGACGUCCGAUCUCUUUGCGGUGAAGUUUCGUCGGUUUGGAGAAAAUCUGUCGUUGCGACAAUUCGGCUUUAACUGCUCCGCGUCUGAGGCGUGGUGGCUGACGGAGAGGCUUUCCACGACCUUGGGCUGCACGGUACAGCAUCGGAGGGCCAGAUAAUUCACGAGCGUCAACAGUAGCGACGAUGAACAACGUUAAUAUGGGUGGCAUGAAUGCCAUGGGCGGCGGUCCCGUCGGCGGCGGUGGCAUGCCAAUGAUGAAUAACGGGGUGCCCGGUGGGAAUAUCCGACAACCAAUGCCCGUAAAUGACAAUCAGCGCCAGCAGCUGAAUACAUACAUCUACGAAUACUUUCUGAGGAAUGGCAUGUAUGAUUGCGCGAGGUCACUACUCAACAGCGAACAGCCAAUAAAAAUUAUCAAGGAGAGCCCCGGAAGGCGUCGCGAUGAGAACGGCAAUGGCAUGGGAAAUGGAACAGGCGACGAUGGUGGAGAUGGCGAUUCAAAAGACAAUAUCGAUUCAAAAGGAAUUGAUGAUCUGCCAGCACCAGACGUGCCUCGAGAAUGUCCCGAAAGCUGCUUCCUCUACGAGUGGUGGUGCCUUUUCUGGGAUAUGUUCAAUGCUCAACGUGGAAAAGGAGAUGGGCGAAACGUCUUGCAAUACGUCAACCAUACGCAGGCACAGUCACGGCUAAGACAAGAACAUCAGCAACAUUUGCUUCGCGGGACGAGGACAGGCGAAAUGAUGCCCCAGUACCAGCAGAUGAUGCGAAUGAAUCAGCAGAACGGAAUGAACCUGAAUCAACAGAACAAUGACCUGAGGCAAAAAGCGCUUCAGAAUAACCGGAACCAAACCCCGCAGCAAAUUCAAAUGCUACAGCAAAAGAACGCGAUGCAGCGCGAUCCAUCCGGGGGCGAUCAUCAGCAACGGUCAGGCUCCCCUGGAUCGGCCGAAAAUGCCCCAUCCCCCUCGAAACGACCGCGACUUGAUGGUGGAGGCAACGGCUUCAACCCGCAACAAAUGCCGAAUGGAAGAGGACAACCAAUGCCCCAACAGUUCCAGAACAUGCCGGGCGGCGCGAACGCACAACAAGCGAGAACCUUGACCCAAUACCAAGCGGGAUUAGCACAGCAACAAGCAAACCAAAUGCCAGGUAAAGGUAUGCCGACUCAGGGUGGUUCUGCGAAUCAAGGAUCACCUAUGAUGUCCCAGGGACAGGAUACGGGCGCAAUCGCUGGGUAUUACAAUGCUGGUGAGAUGGCUAACGGAAUGCGGGGUACGGGUCAACCGGGUGCCCAACCUGGUGGAACUGGCGGCAAUCAUGCUCUUCAAGAUUAUCAGAUGCAGCUUAUGCUGCUCGAGCAGCAAAACAAGAAGAGGCUCAUGAUGGCACGCCAGGAGCAGGAGACCGCACCCGGAGGUCGUGAUGGUGCUGCCCCUGGUGCGAUGGGUCCUAACGGACAGCCCUUCCAAGGAACGUCGCCACAGGGAGCUCGUUCUGUAAAUUCGCCCAACCCGGCCGAGCAGAUAAAGCGAGGAACACCGCAUAUGAAUUCUGCUGGAAUGCCAUCUCCCCUGCCAGAGGGUCAAUCUCGGGGAUCGCCCAGUGGCAUGACCUUCAACAUGCCUGGUGGACAGAUGGAUCCGAAUAUGACGGCUCCGUAUUUCAAGAUGAAUGGCAUGGACCCCAACAUGGUUGGCAAUAUGCAAAACAACAUGCGACCUCCUAGCUCACAUCCAGGGGGUUUUCCCAACCAGUUGACCCCUCAGCAAGUAGCAAUGGCUCGACAACAACAAGUUGCUAAUGCGAACUGGCAAGGAGGUCAAAAUGGCCAAAUGAUGCCAGGACCUAAUCCAGGAGCUCCUCAGCAAAACAUGGGUGGCCCAGGAACACCACAACAACGACAGAUGCCACCUCCCGCCGCUCCCGUAGCUGGGGCUACAACUAACGGUCGAACCCAACCCUCGUCGCCGCAACAGGGCGCUGCCCCACCGACACCUCAACAGGCGAAUAAGGCCAAUCCUAAGAAGAAAGCUGAGACUAAGGACACAAAAGCUAAGCGGGCUGCAAAGAAGGGAACCGCCGCGAAUGCUAAUGCUGGUGCUACACCAUCCGCCGACUCCGCUCAAGAACCCGCGACGCCGACGCCUGCGACUCCGAUCACCCCCAUCCACCCGAAUAGUUUUAAGAACGGUCAGAACGGCCAGAAUGGCCAGAACCCCCAGAACGGCCAGAGCGCUCAGAACGCUCAGAACGGUGCUCCGCAACCUAUCGCGAACGGUCAACCUGCCGCUCCUCCGAUGAAUGGCGGUGUCAAUACCUCCGAGCAACCGGAUCCUCUGCAAAAUGGAUAUGUUAUGGAUAAUGGCACAGGGUUCGACUUGCACUCAUUCGAUUUUGCUAACCCAAUCAGUGGCAACACUGAUGUCCUCCACGAUUUUGACUUCGAUUCAUUCUUACACCAAGAUGGAGAAGGAGGUGUUGACAACUUCAGCUUCGAUACGUCUGGUUUCAUAGAGGGAGAGAUUGGUGCAGAAUGACCAUAGGCAGCUCCGCGAGUGCCAUUCUUAGUUUCCGGCGUUUUCGUUCAUACCUCACGGCGUUUCAUCGGAUCAUACCACCUCAGCUUCUAGCGCGUUCGUUCACUGUUCAUGCGAAAGGAGUCAAGUUUCAAGUUUUAAGUUUCAAAUGAUUAGAAAAGAGCCGACUCGAUUGUCUCGACCAAAAUUUCCUUAUUACAUCAAUUUGUUUUG